UCUUGACAGAUAAAUUUCCAAGUAUUAAAAGAGAUAAUACAUAUUUCUCGUCAUCAUCACGAUAACAUUUAUACAUACGUAUUAGUUUAUUAUUAUUAAUAACGAUAAUAAUUGAAAAAUAAUUUAUUUUGCGAUAUUUUAUUUAUUUAGAAGAAAAUGGCGAAAAGUAAUGAUGCUACAGAUUGGGAAGAACUUCGAAAACAGGCAAGACAUUUGGAAAAUGACGUUGAUGCUAAAUUAGUAGCUUAUAGUAAACUCGGUCUAAAUAGUGGGCCCAGUCGAUCAGAAGUUGAAACUGUUCCACUUCUUGAUGAGGAUCAUGUUUUUGAAAAUAUGACAUCAGAAAUUGAAUCUUUAUUAGCCAAGCUAAUGGAUGUGAAUGAAAGAAUGAGUAGUAUUCAACCUAAUGGAGCAGCAAUGCUACAUACAAUGCAAAGACAUAAAGAAAUUUUGAAGGAUUAUAAAUUGGAAUUUAAUAAAAUCCAGAAUAAUUUCGCUAGCCGAAAAGAUAGAGAAGAUUUAUUAGGAAGUGUACGCAAAGAGAUUGAUAGUUACAAAAAUGCAAGUGGUUUGAAUCGAAGAGACAUGUAUUUAAAGGAAAAUCAGCACAUACACAAUUCUGACCGGCUAAUUAAUGACCAAAUAAGUAUUGCAAUGGAAACACGAGAUCAUUUAGUAACACAAAGACAGACUUUUAAAAAAAUCCAAACCCGAUUCAAUGAUCUUUCUAAUCGAUUUCCCUUGGUUAAUAGUUUAGUACAAAGGAUAAACUUACGUAAAAGACGAGAUUCAUUGAUUCUUGGACUUCUGAUCGGAUUUUGCACUUUUUUGAUGCUUCUUUAUGCUUUUCAUUAAAUAUUCAUCAUUUUAAUUUUUAAAAUUUGAUUUUUGAAUGGAAUAUCUAAUACUUUUGGUAACAUGAUAAAUUGAAAAGCAGUGCAAUUAAGGAUAUUAGCUAGAUAAUAUAUUAGCUUGACAUUUUACGAAUACAUUUAUACAUGUAUACAGUAUACACACAUACAUUGUAUAUAUGUAUAAUAUUAAUUUUCUUUAUUAUAUUAUUAAUAUGCUAUAUAAGAAUUGAUGGAUGAGGAUAAUUGAAUCUUAAUAAAGCGUGUGUACAAUUAAUGUUUUGUUUUGUAAUAUCAGAUAUGUAAUAUGUCCUGAUAAUUAUUACUAUCUUUUCACAUUUUUUUAUUUUUAUUG